AUGGAAAUGGAGAAUGGGACAGCUGUCCAGGAAUUCACCUUGGAAGGGUUCCCUGACAUCCAGCACCUGGGAAAGUUUCUCUUCCUGGUGCACCUGCUGACAUACCUGGCAUCCAUUGCAGGCAAUGCUGUCAUAGUCACCAUCAUCUGUGCUAAUUCCCGGCUCCAGACACCUAUGUACUUUUUCCUCAGCAUUUUCUCCUUUGUAGAGUGUUGUUUCAUAAAUACUGUUAUUCCUAAGUUGUUAGUCAUCUUUCUUUUAGGCAAGCAAAACAUUUCCUUUCCUGCCUGUUUCAUACAAGCCUUUUUCUUUUUCUUUCUGGGAGCAGCAGAUUUCUUUCUCAUAGCAGUGAUGUCUCUGGAUCGGUAUGUGGCCAUUUGCAAGCCCCUGCAUUACUUGACCAUCAUGAACCUGAAGACUUUCCUUCUGGUCACUACCUGCUUCACUUUGGCCUUCACUCUCAUCACUGGUUUGGUAGUGAAAGUUUCCCAGUUAUCCUUCUGUGGCCCCUAUGUCAUCCCUCACUUUUUCUGUGACAUUGGCCCCCUGAUUCAUCUUUCCUGUUCUGACACUAAACCUACUGAAAUGUUGGCUUUUGUCCUCGCUUUGUUUAUCCUUUUGACAUCCCUUAUCAUAACCAUCAUUGCCUACAGCAACAUAAUAGUCACAAUUGUACAACUCCCAUCAGCUAGGGAACGACAGAAAGCUUUCUCCACCUGCUCCUCUCACCUCAUAGUCCUCUCUCUGAUGUAUGGCAGCUGUGUCUUUAUAUAUGUAAAACUAAAGCAAACGAACAGGAUGGACUCCAACAGGGAGGCUGCCCUUGUGAACACGGUGGUGACCCCGCUGCUCAACCCUGUUAUUUACACUCUGCGGAACAAGCAGGUCCACCAGGCUCUGAGAGAGACAAUGUGCAGAAUGAAAAUGUCAAGAUGAAAAAAAUCACAUGGCCUGGAAUGA